AUGUUCUCUGCAAUUGAUCAAAGUCUUAAUAUUCCUUAUAUACCUAAUUUUAAUAAUAAUUAUAAAAAUUUGGGAAAUGAUAAAAAGUAUUAUGUUGAAGUGUAUGGAUGUCAAAUGAAUGUUAAUGAUACUGAAAUUUUGAUGUCAAUUAUGGAUUCUGCGGGCUAUCAAAAAACCUCCAUAUUACUAGAAGCUGAUAUAAUAUUCCUUUGUGCAAUAAGAGAUAAAGCAGAAAAUAAAAUUUGGCAUAGAUUAAAAUAUUUGAAAAGUUUUAAAACAAAAGAAAAUUUAAAACCUUUGAUUGGUGUAUUGGGUUGUAUGGCAGAAAGAUUAAAAUCAAAACUUUUAGAUGCUGAUAAAUUAGUUGAUGUUGUUUGCGGCCCAGACGCUUAUCGAUCACUUCCACAUCUUUUAUCACUUUCUUCACAAACAUCCCAAGGAAUUGCAAAUGUUAUGUUAUCAGCUGAUGAAACUUAUGCAGAUAUAACUCCCGUUAGAUUGCAUAAUGAUAGCAUUAGUGCAACUUUAAGAAUUGAAAGGAGCAGGCCAUUGUUUCCUUCAAUAAUUGAAGAAGUUAAAUUGUUGAGCAACCAAGGAAUUAAAGAAGUCUUAUUACUUGGACAAAAUGUUAAUUCAUAUCGAGAUACAAGUCAAUAUGAAUCUUACCAAUCAAUCGGAAUUGGUAAUGAAUUAAGUAACAAAGGAUUUUCUACUAUUUAUCGUCGUAAGGAAGGCGGAAUAAGGUUUACAGAAUUAUUAGAUAAUGUUUCUAUUGUUGAUCCAGAGAUGCGUAUACGUUUUACCUCACCUCAUCCAAAAGAUUUUCCAAUUGAAUUAUUGAAACUUAUAGCAGAACGACCAAAUAUUUGUAAACAAAUUCAUUUACCUGUACAAUCAGGAAACACUCAAGUUUUAAAAAGAAUGAGGCGUGGUUAUUCACGUGAAGCUACAGAUAUAAUUACUGGAUUUUGUGGCGAGACAGAAGAAGAACAUAAGGACACACUCAGUUUAAUGGAAAUUGUAAAAUAUGAUAUGGCGUACAUGUUUGCAUAUAGCAUGCGAGAAAAAACACAUGCGCAUCGUAACUAUGUAGAUGAUGUUCCUAAAGAUGUUAAGCAACGUCGUUUAUCAGAAAUCAUUAAAGUAUUUCAUCAAAGCGCAAAAAUAAAACUUUCUAAACUUAUUGAUCAACCACAAAUUGUAUUGGUUGAAGGUCACUCAAAACGAAAUCAUCAACACUCUAAAAGACGAUUGUUAAAAGGUCGCACAGAUGGUGGGCAUAAGAUUUAUUUUGAUGAUAUUUCUAUACCUGAUCCUAAUAAUAUUAAUAUUAAUGGUGACGGUAGUAAUGGUGGUAAUUGUAAUGUGACAUUAAAAAAUGGCGAUUAUGUGGUUGUAAUUCCUAAAUCAAAUACUAGUUCUAGUUUAUUUGGAAUUCCUAUUGUAAAAGCUUCGAUUGGCCAAUUUGAUUCAUUAGUUAAAUCUGAUGGCUUUAAUAUUACCGGUGAUUCAUUGACAAUAAAAUCAAAUUGCAAAUCUAUGGCAGAAAUCUAA